UAGAUUGGGGCGAAUACUGUCCCUUCUUUAUCAGGGUCUCCGAUAGCGUCGGCCAGGUAACCCAAGGAAUUGCCGUCUAAAGUCCCCCAACGCCUACCACAAAGGACUGAGGAUUCUUCGCCGAUAGUGGACCGUCUGUCUUCUGCACGAGAGACACAAUGAAAACGGUUUUGACGCUGCUAUGGCUUGGUUGCCUCUUAGGACUGGGCCACAGCACACUUACCGGACCGGCGUUUGCCAGGAAAUACAGAAACCUUUGUUUCGGUGAAGUGAGAGAUGGUCACGUGAUCAAAAUGGGCCAGCGUCUCCCCUCCGGUUUCACGAUCAGUAGCUUCUUGGACAAAUUGGAAGUACUCGAAGAGAAGCUGGAGGAGAAUCCAAAGGAGAAGUUCAAAGGAGCAGUUCAGGUGGCAGCGUACAUAAUAAAGACGUUGUACUUCAACGAUUACGUGUUCAGCGGCGCCACUAUCAGAGAAUUUACUCCUCACUCCGGACCUCUUCGAGAUAUCAUCACCAAAUUCCUGGCCAAUAUCAAGACCCCGGAUGUAGACCCCGCAGAGCUUCUGGACGAGGAUGAUCUCUGCUUUCUGGUGCUCAGCCUCGCACAUACUGUCAACACCACACUGGGACAGCAACCACCCUCCUACACCACAAAUGGAGACCAACCAGUGGACCAACAAACUCUUCCCCGCGAAGUGGGAGUUGUAAGCGUGACAAACUCCUUGUCAGAUGCUGUUGCCAUUGGAAGAACUCUGUUCGGCAUCGCCUCCCUUCAUAGCGGGGUUCAGGACAAGAGCGUCGCAGAUAUCAUCGACGAACCGAUCAAAGAUGCUCAAUCGGACGCCAACGAAAACAAAAUUAUCGACGCUGUCACUGCAACGACCAUCGGAAAUAUGAUUGCCAGUUCCUUCUUAGAAGAAGAAAUCGAAGUGGACUUUGGUCUCAGUGGGAUCUGGAACGACAGCGGGUGUCAUGUGGAGUACAGACUGCCUCGCAAUGUCAGCAUGACCGCCACCUCCGCCGAGAUCCUCGGUGCUGUUGACGGCUACAUCAUCGGCAAGACCCUCGGAGUGAACGGUGUACAGAAGGAAUGGAAGUUGAGCACUCUCCUCCGAGCGUAUUACAGUUCCUCUGGGCUUACUACUAUUCCAGUCGGAGACGUGCUCACUUUCUGCCAGCGGCGCGCCCUCUUUCAGAAGUAUAACAAUGAGCAACUACAGAAGCCGUUAGGGUACAUGGUACUCGCUGCAAAGUACAAGUUUGGAGUAGCUAACCCCCAGGAACACUUGGGAAAGCUCCGGCAGGCUUUGAGCAAACUUGACAGCAAGCUUAGCGAAGCUUCGGGUUAUCCAGGCGACGUUUGUGGCACGACAUUCCGCGAGGACGAACCCAAGUGUGACACUCCAACAGAUCUGUUUGUGGUGCUGGAUACAAACAUGAACACUGUGGACAACCAACAGAAACGGGACCUCCAAAGUGUGCUGCUCGAGACGCUGUUGGGUCAGUUGAACUUCCAGCGUAACAUCAGCAACGUCAGGGUGUUCGCCAGCAAGAGACACGGGAGACAAGAGCUUCUGGAGAUUCUUCCAGCUAGCGGUUCCAGUAGCUGCGCUGGCUGCGUUGCGCGGUACCUCAAUCUCAGGAACCUAGACAUCAACGCGGUUGGUGCAGACAGUGUGUACGAUGUGCUGUACUCACUGAAUGGCACCCUUCGAGCAUACAAAGAAUCUUCACGUUAUGAAAACGGAGUGCCCAGCAAGGUUGUGCUGUAUAUCAACCUUGAGGAGCAAGGCUCGAGAAACUAUCGUGGCUCAGAAAAUCAAAUCGCUUCUGCAGCCAACGUGCUCAGCAACGGACACCCCGAUGUCAAGAAGUAUGCGGUGGGAUACAAAGACAACCUGAAUGCACUCAAUAACGCAUUUCACAUAGUCGACAUCAGCAGCGUAGGAACGGGAGAACAGUUGUCCUUGGAGAGCUUACGCAACAACCUCGAGCUCAGGAACCUCUAUAAGUCUGUCUGUCGGGAUCCCGCUGCUUUGCAAUAUGAACACUGCCUACCUUACGGUAAGAGAGAUGAAGCAAGUGCUGUCUUUGAUGGGUACGUCACUCCGGAGACAGUGCAGUACUGGUCCUAUAGCCCUUGGUACUUUUCGGCAAGCAACUAUCUUCAAGUAAAGUUCUCAGCUGGGACGAACGGUCACAUCAAGGUCUGCGACGUGGCCAACAAAAUUCAAAAUGAUGACAGGUUCACUGGCUUGCGGUGUCUAGAAACAAACAACAAUGUGAAAACCGUCAUCUUCAAUGCUUCCAGUCCUUGUAGAAGUGGCUCAAGAGCUUGCGAGCCCUUGAAGUAUGCCGUUAUCGGCAAGAGGCAAGAUCGAGCUGUGGCACAGGCACAUACAGGCAUAGUCUGUGAAGGUCUCUGUCGGAACCAGCAGCAGAUAAAGUUCUUAGUGAACCACGAAGGGAUGUACUGUGGGGGAAUGUUGUCCGCAGUCUUUUCACCUGUCACGCUCCUGGUGACGUUGAUAGCCACCUUGAAGAGUAUGAGCUAGCAACUCAGUUUGCAACAGUGGACAGCUUUCAACUUGACCACCAACUGCCAACGUCAACAUUUCAUCACACCAAGUGUUCAAACCACAUCAUCAUCAAAAUCUGAGUCAUAUCCACAUUUUUUUUAAAUAAAUAAAGUUAAGACAGUCA